CGGGCCCUGGAGGGCGGAGUCCAGGCGGGCGCCGGCCAAGGGAGGGGGCGCGGCGUCCGUGAAGUCCGGCGCUCCCUCAGGCCGUGGAGGCGAUGCUGGCUGCUGCGGGGCCGGCGGCUGGGCGGACGGGGAUGUGACGGACUGCCCCUCGCCUCUCUUCCAUCCUCGGGCCUGCAGGUCGCUGGGCGACCCGCAGCCGGGCCGCGGCCGAGGAGGCAGCGCGACCUCCGCACGAUUCUGUCAACUUUUAAGAACAAAUGCACCUUAUAGCUCAUGGAAGAAAAAACACAAAUCAAGACGUUUUUGGGUUCCAAGCUGCCAAAGUAUGGAACAAAACCUACGAGAAGCACACUGCAGCCGAUGCCAAAUGGGGCCGCUGUGGCUUUGUUAGGGACUUCCAAGAGUAGUAAUGUCAAGAGUUACAUCAAAAAUAAUGGCUCUGAUUGCGCCCUGUCCCAUUCGUUUAAUUGGAGACAAGCAAAUAAAUACCAACUUGGUUCACAAAAUACAGCAGAACUUAAUAAUAUUCAAAGUACACAUGAUAAACUAAUUGAUCCUGAGCACCAUGCUCCUGCUCCAGGAACACCUGAUGGGAAUGGGAUAAAGGGAGGUUUGAAAAGUGCUUCCUUGUUCACAUCCAAGUUAGCAAGACCAUCCACCAUGUUUUUGUCAUCUACAGAGGAGUUAAAUCAAAAAUCUUUUUCUGGACCAUCUAAUUUGGGUAAAUUCACCAAAGGCACAUUACUAGGAAGGACUUCAUAUUCUUCGGUCAAUGCUAAGUCACAUUUGAAUACGUUUUAUAGGAACCGAUCACCUGGUAACAUGCAGAAGCCAAGAGUGAACUCCUGUGCCACCAGAAGCAGUUCUGGAGAAAGUUUAGCACAGUCCCCAGACAAUACUAAAUCUAUUACUUGUGAAAAAAUGGUAAGGUCACAAAGUUUUUCACAUUCCAUUCAGAAUUCCUUCCUUCCGCCUUCAUCUAUAACCAGAUCACAUUCCUUCAACAGAGCUGUAGACCUUACAAAGCCUUAUCAGAACCAACAGCUACCCGUUAGAGUGCCUCUCCGGUCAGGUAUGCUAACGAGAAAUUCUCGGCAGUCAGAAGUACUCAAUGGGAAUGAACACUUGGGGUUUGGUUUUAAUAGGCCUUAUGCUGCUGGUGGAAAGAAAUUGGCUUUAUCCAAUGGCCCAGGUGUAUCUUCCACUUUGGGCUAUAGGAUGGUUCAUCCCUCUCUACUGAAAUCUAGCCGACCUCCAUUUUCUGGGACUAUGACAGUUGAUAGUAAUAAAAAUUCUCCUGCUGACAUGUGUGUAGAGGAAGAAGCUAUAGUUUCGGCAAAGGAUGGCUCUACUGGUAAGGACCAAGAACUAGUUGAAAAUGAAAGUUAUCGAACAGACAAUGAUCAGACCAUGAAGCAUGAUUCUAAAAUUAGGUACCUGAGUGAUGAUGUGGAUGAUAUUUCCUUGUCAUCUUUGUCAUCUUCUGAUAAGAAUGAUUUAAGUGAAGAUUUCAGCGAUGAUUUUAUAGACUUAGAGGACUCCAACCGAACUAGAAUAACCCCAGAGGAAAUUACUCUCAAAGAAGAAAAGCAUGACAAUGGACCAUCAAAGGAUAUAUUUGAUUCUCCUAAGGAAAAUGAACAUAUCUUCAGUAAAGCUGAUGAGUGGAUAGAUAUAAGUGUCUCUGACAGGAGUGAAUGUACAAAGCAUACCUCUGGAAAUAACUUGAUUUCACCAGAUACGGAUUACAGAGCUGGGUCUUCAUUUGAACUCUCUCCAUCCGAUAGCUCUGAUGGAACGUACAUGUGGGAUGAAGAGGGCCUGGAACCCAUUGGAAGUGUCCAUCCUGUUGGCAGCUAUGAGUCCUCUGAAAUGAACAGCAUAGAUAUUCUGAAUAAUCUUGAAUCGUGUGACCUUGAGGAUGAUGACCUUAUGCUGGAUGUGGAUUUGCCGGAGGACACACCUCUUGAAAAUGUGGAGUGUGACAAUAUGAACCGCUUUGACCGAUCAGACAGAAAUGUACGCCAGUCGCAGGAUGGAUUUUGGAAAAGAGCACCCCAGAGGUGGAGUGGACAGGAGCAUUAUCACCUUAGCCACCCUGAUCACUAUCAUCACCAUGGGAAAAGUGACUUGAGCAGAGGCUCUCCUUAUAGAGAAUCCCCUUUGGGUCAUUUUGAAAGCUAUGGAGGGACCCCCUUUUUCCAGGCUCAGAAGAUGUUUGUAGAUGUGCCAGACAACACAGUGAUACUGGAUGAGAUGACCCUCCGGCACAUGGUCCAGGACUGCACAGCUGUAAAAACUCAGUUACUCAAACUCAAACGUCUGUUGCAUCAGCAUGAUGGAAGCGGAUCAUUGCAUGAUGUUGAGCUGUCAUUGCCAUCCAGUCCAGAGCCAGAAGACGGUGAUCAGAUAUAUAAGAAUGAAGAUUUAUUAAAUGAAAUAAAACAACUUAAAGAGGAAAUAAAGAAAAAAGAUGAAAAAAUCCAACUAUUAGAGCAUCGGCUUGCAACCCGGUGUAACUGCCACCAGAAAUCUAAAGAGGAAAAGUGUACAUUUGCUGAUAAAUACACCCAGACACCCUGGAGAAGAAUCCCUCCUCAAGUACUACAGCCUUCCAGCAGCCUUCCCAGACCUACAGACCACGCCCAGGGAAAACUAAUAAAGCCACAACAUAUCGAGGCCCACAGUGAAUAUACAGUCCAAGGCAUGUGUCAGAGUGGUGCACAUCCAGAUGGAAGCUGUACACAUGGCUUGCAACAAGAAAACAGCUAUGGUUUGGAAGACCGUCCUUUUUCGUCAAGCCCACAGUUCACAGUGGAUGUGGUGAAGGACAUACCUUCUGAAACGAGCCUGAGCUUGACUAUGAAUGCUCAAGAGCCUUCUUAUUUGGCAAAGAACCAAACUAGUGACGUGCAGUUUGUACCCAAACCUCAGACACCUUCCCAGUCAAGUACAGUGGACCAGACUAAGAGAGUAGGAAGAAACCAGUCUCCUCAGCCCAAGUCCUUGCAGCAUUUAAAGCCAUCCAUCUUGAGUUCUUCAGCACCACCUCCAGAUUCUGAUUCAUCAUCAAGUAGGACUUCCACAUGUAAGAAGGCACCAGUAAUUGCACAAUGUAAUUCAAAACAUCAGCCAACGUCUAAUCAAAACAAUCUUGCAAAUAAUUUAAAUCUGAAAGCAUCUAAACUCCGUCCCCCUUCUGGCUCUUUCAAACAAAAACAAAUAAUCAGUCCCCAACUAGAAUCUCAAACCAAGACAAACAUCCCAAGGCCAUUAGCACGACCAAAAGAACUGCAGAAUCCACACAGCAGUUUGCAUUCUGGGGAUUGUGUGGCCUCUAAUCGAUAUUCUCGUCUUCCUAAACCAAAGAUACAUUAAGUGCAUAGCCAUCAUCUGCCAAUUUGUCUUUUGAAAACAGUCUGCUCUGUAAUAGCUUUAUGUGCAGUUUAUUACUAUGUUGGAGGUUCCAUUACAGCAAAUCUUAAAAUUAAAACGGAGAAGCUUCUACUAGUUUGGCUCUUCCAUUUUAUAUCCUAGUUGAACGAUAUACCAUUUGCACAUUCUUGUCUCAGGUAAACACAAGUUUACUUAUCCAUCUCAGAGGCCAAGUCAUGCUAUCCAGCCCUCUCUCUGCACACCAGAAAAGUCAAAGGAUUCCAUUUAUCAGGCAACAUAUGUACUUUGCUAAUUUAGUCCUGUUGUGGUCCAUAACUCUGGUUAUCAAAACCCCACCCCUUUGCUUACUCUUACUGUGAAUAUGAAUGUGGUUACUAUUUUAACUAAAGAUCCAUAGUGAUGAUGGAAGAUGAUUGUCUGUAAGCAGGAUUCUGGCCAGUGUUUUGUAUGUGAGGUCUAUGCAAAAUCUCCACAAUAAGUAAAGACCAGGUUUUUAGUGGGGGAGUCCUUAUAGGUAUUCUCUCUCCUUUCUAGGAUCAGUAAUAUAGUCCUACGGUUUCUCCAUUUAUCAGACAAAUCCCCAGGCUGACAGUUUUUAUUAUUUUAUGUAAACCAAAUAUAUGUUGUUAUAACACCUUGUUUCAUUCACACAUGUACUAUUUGCUUGUAUUGCUAUUGGAUAAAUUUGGAGAGCUUGAGAUGCCUAAGGGUAUAUUAGUUGUAACCUCUGUUGGUGCUAGAGUUUUGCUGGUAAUUGAGUUUUAAACCCUAUUAACUUAUGGAUCCAUCAUAUUUAAGUUUCUACAAUAUACAUUGAAAAUUUAAAAUUUAGUCUUUAAUAUUUGUAUUUAUUUUUGACUAUUUGCUAAUAUCUGAAGACUGGAAUAAUGGACUUGAAAUAUUUGCACAAAAUUUUGAUGGGAUGUAAGAGGAAUUUAAAGCUUAUUUUCUAUAAAAAUGAGUUAAAACACUGAGAAAAUAUAUAUAAAUUUAAGACUAUCAUAAUAAGUUGCUUUUCUGGGUUUCCUGAGUUUCCCUUUUCUAUUUUGAAUGGCAGUUUCUUGAAAAGUAGUUGGGGAAAAUUGAAAUUGUAGGUAGAAAGUGUACUUUCUCAAGACAUGCUGCAGAUGUGCUGCAGAAUGUAGCUGUGGGGCCUCCAGGUAACCGUGGACAGGAACCCAACCAUGCCGCUGAGUAAAUUUACCUUACAUUUGCCCAAAUCAUGCUGUCUUUAGGAUGGUCAUCCAUAGUUCAUGUCAUUCAAAUUAAGAGUUUUCAGACAAAUAACCUUACAGGAUCUGUAUCUGAUUAGCUGACCAAAAAAUGUAUCAAAAGGAAUUCUGGCCAAAACAAACUGCUAGGGCUUCCUUUUUAAAUGUAACUAGGUUACAAAGAGAAGCAUGGUAUCAAAUGCAUUAGUGGAAAGCUUCAAAGUCACAUUUGCUGCCAUCUGGGGGCAGUCUUCCCUUAUGUGUCACAACCCCUCAAGUGAAUUUGCCAUUGGAGAUGCUGACCUUCUUUGGGUUUGGAAAUGGGUGAGCAUAGUCUCACACCACAGCACUUUAGUCAGAGAAGAACCGAAGCUCAGGAUGCCCUGCACAUAGGCCAGAUGCUUUGUCCAUGAAAGUGAGCCAGGCUGGCUGCUGCUGUAUGUGAGCACAUGUGCUUUCCCCUAUAGAGAAUGAAAACUAAUCUCAUGCAUCGCGUAUUGGCUACAAUCAUACUCUAUUCCCUGCAAUAAAACAUACUGAUGAAUGUUGUUGUUUUUUAAAUUAGAGAUCUGUAUAGACUCUUGUGAAAUACUUUUACAAGUUAGCCUUACCCUUAGGGGAAAGUUUAAAAUUGUAAAUUUAUUUAUAACUCUUUUGUCUGAUGGAAAUGUCGUCAUUGUCUAUUAGAAAAAAAAAAAUGUUGACUCCAGUAAUUUGUUUAUUCUAAUCUUUGGCCCCUUUAAUUUUUUUCUCCAUGAUGAAUUUGCAGAAAUGUUUUUCCACCAGUUCACUCUCUAUACCUGUGCUGGACCUGAGGUCUUGAUAGAAGAUAAGUUUUUUUUGUUUUGUUUUUUGUUUUGUUUUGUUUUAGACAAGAGCCUCACAUAUCCCAGGCUGGCCUCUAACUCACUGGGUAGCCAAAGAUAACCUUGGUCUCUUUAUCUCUUGCCUCCGUCUCCAGAGUGCUGGGGUUACAAGAGUGCACCACUUCACCUGGUUUUAUGUGCCACUGGAGGUUGAAUCCAGGGCUUCAUGUGUGCUAGACAAGCACUUGGCCAACUGAGUGAGCUCCAUCCUCAGCCCUCAUCAGUACCCUUUUAAAACAUAAUGUAUGCUUCAAAUACAUUACCUAGAGAAAAUACCUAGGAUGCAUUCACAAACAACAUAGAAUAUUUGCCUGCAGUUUUCUGUAAAAGCUGCAAGACUAUCAUGUCUGCUCCUAGUAAUACUGAGAAGUGGAGAUGAGGGCCCAGCACUGCUGAAUACACAGAGGUCACUUUCUCACAUUUGGCCUGAUCCCCUGCUUGCAUCUGUAAACCAACACUCUGCCAACUGUCUUUUGCAGAAACGUAGCUCGUUCACUCUGAUCUAUUAGCAAAGAUAGUGGGAGUGGGUAAAUUCCUAGUGCCAAGGAUGAGUUGGGUAAUUUUUACAUGUAUGAAUAGAAAAUAUACAAAAUUGUUCAUUUGGCUUUUAACAGGAUGCAUUUCAAAUGAUGGUUUUUUGAGCUAGAGUUUUGCUAUGUAGCCCUGAGUUUGUUCAAAGAAAGCUUGGGCUAAGAUGUUCAUUGGCAUAGGUAUAGCUGAUUCCAAGCCUUCCAACAAAGGAUUAUAGAUGAUUUCUAACCACAGACCAUCUACCUGUUACUUUUCUUUUGGAGUCUCAUUUUUCAUUUGUGCAGUAUUUUCAGGCACAUCGACUACUGUUCCUUGUAUUUAUAUAGGUGUUAGAGAACUUACUAAGCAUUUUAGUGAGGAAAAACCUGAGUAUGAAAGACAAUAUCAGAUAUGCACUUUACGUGAGUUUAAUUGCUUGUAGUUGUGCCUGGAAUAUCAAAUUGCCUCCUGUGGGUGUGGCUUUGUUUAGUGAAAUGAAUAUCUCUGUAAAUGUUGCUGUUUGAAGGAAGCUGUACAGCCUUUCACCGAACUGUAUCCCAGCAUGCCACUUUGCCCAUGAUAGCACUAAGUUUUCUUGGAAUGUCCAUUGUCCCUUUAAGUAUUUUACUCAAUGUAUCAAAGACAACUUGUUCCCCAUAACUGUCAUUUCUGAAAGGUUCCAGAUAUAGGUGCUCCUGUUUGCCAUCAAAGUAAUUUGGUCAGCUUCCUGAGGAUGCACUUUGGGGUCAAAUGAGCUUGACUGAAGGCCAGUAAGACUGCAACACCAUUUCCACACCCUCCAUCCUACACUGUAGCUUCUGUGUUGCUGAGUUAGCUUGGGUAGUUACGUUUGCAUGCUUAUGCACACCUUUGAAAUUGAAGUAUAGCCGUAAUAUAAAUACAUGAGGUUUUCCUUGGAGAUGAUGGCCUUGCUAUGUUCCUGAUUCUGAUGCUUGAGUUCUAUUUUCUUUUGGUCUUUCCACAGGUCCCUUUAAGUUUCUGCUGCAGCAAUUUGAGAGGAUACAUUUGGACAGAUGAUUAUGAGGUUUCUAUAAUUAUGUAAUUGAUUAAAGAUUGUGUCUUCACCUUGUCGAGUAAAAGCCACCCCCUUUCUUGGUAGCUCAUUGCCAUGAUGAGUAAUGCUGGCCUUGAGAACUUAGUCAUGACUAAAACCAGAAACAGUAUCUGCAAUGUCGUUUUCCCCAUUGAUUUUACAAUCCAGUUCUGAGUACAUAAUGUAUAUUAGAAUUUGCCUGUAAAAUGAAUUAUGGAAACCAGAUGUAAAGUCUUUCCUGAACGUGUUGGCUUAGUAAAUAAAAAAUAAAGUUCAUAAUCAUAAAAAUA